CAUUCAUGCAUAUUCAGCCAUCAACUUCACAGGAUGGCAGCCAUAGAUUUGUCCCAUGGAUUCAGUGACCUUUGAUGAUCUAGCUGUGGACUUCACCCCAGAGGAGCGGACUUUACUGGACCCAAUUCAGAGAAAUCUCUACAGAGAUGUGAUGCUGGAGAACUACAAGAAUUUCGCCAUAGUAGGAUGUCAGCUCUUCAAACCUAGUCUGAUCUCUUGGUUGGAACAAUCAGAGUCAAGGACUGCACAGAGAGUUCUUCAUGAAUGGAAAGUGCAACUUAAAACUAAAGAGUUGGCACCUCAGCAGGAUUUUUUGUGGGGACCAGCCUCCAAUGGGAUACUAGUGGCAGGAAGCCACAGUGGAGGGGAGCUUAGCAACAAGCAAUGUAGAGACAUCUUCAGUGAACACUCAUGCCUUAAAACACAUGUGAGAACUGAAAAUAAUGAAAAUGUAUCUGAAUGUAAUGAGUAUGGAUUAGACUUUAUUACUCUGCAUAAGAAAACCUCUACUGGAGAGAAACUUUCUGUGUUGAAUCAAAGUGGAAAAGCCUUCAGCCCUACCCCAGAUGUCUUCACACAAGAUAAAUCUUUUGAAUGCAGUGACUAUGGGAAAUCCUUUAUUAAUCAGUCAUACUUUCAGGCACAGAAGGAAACUAACAAUGGAGAAAAAUUUCAUGAAUGGAAGGAAUGUGGAAUUUAUUCCACAAACUUUGCUGUGCAUAUGCAAAAUCACAAUUCAGAAAAACCUUACAAAUGUAAGGAAUGUGGAAAAGGCUUUAGAUAUUCUGCAUAUCUUAAUAUUCACAUGGGAGCUCACACUGGAGACAACCCCUAUGAAUGUAAGGAAUGUGGGAAAACCUUCACUAGGACUUGUCAACUUACUCAGCAUAGAAAAUCUCACACUGGAGAGAAGCCUUAUAAAUGUGAGGAAUGUGGGAGAGCCUUCACUGUUUCCUCAUGCUUAAGUCAACAUAUGAAAAUCCACAUGGGGGAGAAUCCCUGUGAAUGUAAAGAAUGUGGGACAGUUUUCACUAAGUCUUCUCAACUUACAGAACAUAUAAAAACUCAUACCAUGGAGAAUCCCUUUGAAUGUAAAGUAUGUGGGAAAUCCUUUAGAAAUUUCACACGCCUUAAUGAUCACUACCGAAUUCACACUGGAAUAAAACCCUAUAAGUGUAAGGACUGUGGGAAAGCUUUCACUCAGAACUCAGACCUUACUAAACAUGUACGAACUCACAAUGGAAAGAAGCCCUAUGAAUGUAAUGAAUGUGGGAAAACCUUUGCUAGAUCCUCUCGCCUUAGUGAACAUCUAAGAACUCACACUGGAGAGAAGCCUUUUGAAUGUGUCAAAUGUGGGAAAGCAUUUGCAAUUUCCUCAAAUCUUAGUGGACAUUUGAAAAUUCACACUGGGGAGAAACCCUUUGAGUGCCCAGAAUGUGGAAAAGCAUUUACACAUUCCUCCAGUCUUAAGAAUCACAUGCGGACACACAGUGCCAAAAAGCCAUACACAUGUAUGGAAUGUGGCAAAGCCUUUAAGUUUCCCACAUGUGUUAACCUUCACAUGUGAAUCCACACUGGAGAAAAACCCUAUGAAUGUAAGCAAUGUGGGAAAUCGUUCAAUUAUUCCAAUUCAUUUCAAUUGCACAAAAGGACUUACACUGGGGAGAAACUUUAUGAAUGUAAGGAGUGUGGGAAAGCCUUCAGUUCUUCAAGUUCCUUUAGAAAUAAUGAAAGAAGGCAUGCAGAUGAGAACUAUCAGUGUAAGGAGUGUGGAAAAGCUGAAAGGUGUCCCCAUUCACUUCUGAAACAUGAAAUAACUCAAAGAGGAGAAACCAUGUGAAUGUAAGGAAUGUAGAAGCACCUUCACUUAUACCUCAGGUCAUGGUGAAAAUGUAUGAAUUCACAGUGGAGAAGACCCUAUGUCAGCAGGGAAUGAGGAAGCGACUUCACUAAUUCCUCAAGCCUUAUCUUGCACAUCAGAAAUCUUGGUGGAGAAACUCUGUGAAUGUAGAGAAUCCAAGGAUUCUACAUCCUUUCCUAAUCCUACAAAUUUUAAUAUGCAUAUAUGAACUUACAUUAGAGGAAAAAAACCCUAUUAAUUUUAAUGGUAUGGUGCAAAUGACCCCACUACCUAUCCAAAGUCAUAUUUAGAA